AUGGACCUUCCGGAAGCGGAGGGGAUUGAUGCUGUGUGCGACAAGAUCAUGCACGCUGGCCCGAAUGGGGGGACCGACUUUGACAUUGUCGUGGAUCGCCUUGCCCGCGAAAUCGACGGUGCGAUGGAGGUUUCGACGGCCAAGCCAGACGAGCAGCACCAGCUGUAUCUCGUCGUCAUGACGGAUGGAGUGGCCAGCAUGCCGUCGGAUGACCGAUUUCAAGCUCUGUCCAGCGCGGUUGAGAAGUUCAACUCGGCAUCCAUGAUUGGCAAUGAAGUCAACAUGUAUGUUGCUGGCGUCGGCGCCACCCAUGAAACGGAAUUUCUCGCCCGUAUGCAGAAGGUGGUUCCGCAAGAGAAUUCGUUCUAUCUGUUUGCACGCGAGCACGACGGCGUCACGUUGGAUGUGAGUCUGCGCGAGGCGCUGCGCUCGUUGGAGGAGGACAUCAAACGAAAGGCAAACAAGAGCAGGAUGCGCUGCAACAUCACGUUGCCAGAUUCGCUGGAGCAGUUCCAUGUCACGUUGCGUGAGGGCCAAGACGCGGCAGACUACAGCGGAUCGUCCACGAUGCUCUACGGCGAGCUGGUCCACACCAUCCAGGCUGAGGACGAGGAGGUUGUGUGGCACACCCUGCGCACGAAUCUGAACGCCACCACACUCACCGUGUUUGGUUAUGCCGUGGACCAUGUGUCCUUCGAGUUCACCGACGUGGAAACACUGCCCAAGACAGAAGCAUUUGAGGCGCACCACACCGUCUACAUGCAGGAGGUGAACUCGUGGACCAACCUCGUGGGCAGCACCGGCCUGCACAAUGAGCGUGCAAAGAGCGGUUACGAUGGCUUGGAGCAGCGCUACAACCGGCUCAUGGCCGACUGCCAGGCCAUCCUCGAUGACAUUGACAAUGAGCUGCUUCCUCAGGAUGACCGCGAGUAUGUGGAACAACUUCACGACAAGGAACAGGAGUGCCACACGUGGGUUGUGCGUGUGCAAGAGAAAGGGCCUGACCGCGAAAGCUUGGCUGUUCUUCGUCAGAUUACAACCAGUGUCGAAGGCCCGCUGGUUCGUCAGAAGACUCGCAGACGCCUUCGCAUCGAUACGCUGAAGCCGCGCAUGAGCGCAUCGGGAGAAGCGCUGCGCGGCAUGUUUCAGUUUCCAAAGCUGCGCAUGACACCAAAGCGCGCCAUCUCCAUGCGCCGUGAUCCGCUUGCCCAUGAGCCAGAAGCGUCAUAG